AUUGCAUUAUAAAGAUUCUAUUCAUUUCUGAUGAGUAUUCCCCAAUGGUAAUAUUUAUAUUAAGCUCAAAAUACACUAGACCAUAGUAUAUAUUCAAGAGAUUAUGUCUCAAAUAAUUGAAUUUCAUUGUCAGGAAGGCAAAAUACAUUAUUUUCAGAUAAGUACACAAGUAUUCGAUGUGAUUAUUGAAAGACAAUUUAUUGUCAAGUUGUGUUCCAAGAAAUUUUGUAUAUUCUGUUGUUUCGAAACCUAGAUUUAUUUGGAGAGGACGCUGAUACUUGAAAAUAGGAUAAAUGUUGUUUUAUCUUCAUUAUUUAAUAAAUGAUUGUUUCUACACCAACAUUCGAAUUAAUUGAUUACUAGUUUUGUUUAUUUUCAAUUUCAUUUAGACAUGAGGACGUCACAAUGAUUGUUGUGUCAUCGGCAUACAUGAAAACUCGACCCUCGAGAAAAACCUAGCAUUCAGUUUCAAGGUUAAACCAAACUUCACCAUCAGAUCAGGCAAAUGUGUGGGGAAAAAGAGACCAAAAAAUUAGAGAUAAGUUCCAUGCCAGAACAGACCAAUCAUGCUUUAUUUCAACUAACGGGUGCUUUAAGAAAUUUAGUAUCUGAAGAACAUAUCUAUGAAACCUUCAUAUCAUGCGGAGCCAUUUCACAACUUUGUCAAACGAUGGAGUUAUUUUCAGCAGAUCUGGAUACUGUGGCUAAUAUUUCAAGAACACUGAGCAUAAUUUCAACCAACGAAUGUUGCUGUGACGCCCUAAUUGACUACAAAAAAAUCUACAAAAUAAUGAUCAGUUUGUUUGAAAAGUAUCCUGGUAGUGAAGAAAUAGUAGUUCGUUUGGCGUACACCUUGGGAAACAUUGUUGCAAAGAUCGACAACACUAGAGUAAAGUUCUACUAUGAAGAGAAUUCCGUGGAGAGUCUUCUGAAUUUGUGGAAAAUAUAUUUGGAACGCACACUUAAGAAUUGUUCGAUUAAAUCUGAAACCUAUGGAGCUUUCAUUAGUAAUCCAGAAGAUGUGAUGAUCAAGAUAAUCAGAGUUAUCGCAAAUAUCGUCAUUAAUCCGGAGAUCGGAAAGGCAAUGAAUGAGAAAUAUGGAAACCAGCUGAUUGACGAAAUACUCAAAGUACUUAUCAGUAAUCCCUUUAAGAAAAAUGAGGAAUUAGUUUUGUCUAUUCUCAGUACACUGAAUAAUUUAUCAUAUUAUUAUACAAGUGAAUUAGAAGUUGACAUUUUCCAUGUGAAGCAGGUUGAUAUAGUUGAAG